ACACGGAAGUAAAUGUACAGCAGUGCUGCUACUCACAUGUAGCAAUAAUCAGCCACCUCUAGUUUGCCUACCAGUGACUUUAAUUUAGAUUUUAGUCUGCAUUUAUCUCUUACUAGUUCCUUAUUAUCAUACUGAAGAGAAAGAAGACAGAUAAUGUAAGCGUUUCCUGGCGCUGGGACAUCAUCCUUUCCCCGAUUGAGCUCCGUCAGCUUGGCUUUAUCAUGGCAGAUAAAACACAGAAAAGUUUCAAAUGUAUCAUCGUUGGAGGUGGCAUCGCGGGGGUGACAUGUGUUGAGCAGUUGUCAUGCAGAUUAUCGUCAGCUGACGUGGCUCUGAUUACCGCAGACGCCCACAUCAAGGCAGUGACCAACUACAAACAGGUGACCAAAGUUCUGGAAGAAUUUAAUGUGGAGGAACAAUCAUCCAGUGUGCUGGAGGAGAAAUUCCCCAACUUGACUGUCAUUCACUCUGCCGUCAAAGCACUGCACACACAAUCGCAUUUGGUGGAAACAGCUGAUGGACAGGUGUUUGCCUACGAGAAGCUGUGCAUCUGCAGCGGGGCCAGACCUAAGCUGCUAACUCAGGACAAGCAGUAUGUGCUGGGCAUACGGGACACGGACAGUGCCCAGGAGUUUCAGAAGCAGUUAUCUAAAGCCAGGAGAAUUGUUGUUGUCGGAAAUGGAGGGAUUGCCUUGGAGUUAGUGUAUGAGGUGGAAGGCUGUGAGGUGAUAUGGGCAGUGAAGGACAACGCCAUCGGAAACACCUUCUUCGAUGCGGGAGCUGCGCAAUUCCUCAUCCCGAUGCUGGAGGCCGACAAGCCAGAGAGAGACACUCCCUGCAAGAGGCCUCGCUACACCACACAGGAUGCAAAACCCGGAGCGGCCCAGACCUUCACAGCAGAUCGAAACACGCGAGGACGCAGCUGUGGUCCUACAGAGUCUGGCAGUGCGCUCGGUCCAGACUGGCAUGAGGGAAUUGUUCUCAAAGGAGCAGAGCGGGCGUCCCGGAGGGUUUCAGUGGAAUAUCAGUGUGAGGUGGAAAAGAUCUUCACCUCCGAGGAGAUGCUCAACUCCCCAUCACAAACAAACAGACCUGAUACUGAAGGAACAUGGCCGGUUUAUGUCCAGCUCACCAAUGGCAAGACUUAUGGGUGUGACUUUGUCGUCAGUGCCACAGGUGUCACGCCAAACACUGAGCCGUUUUUACAAGGCAACAAUUUUGCUCUAGCCGAUGAUGGUGGUCUCCAAGUGGAUGACCACAUGAUGACAUCGGAGCCUGAUGUUUAUGCUGCUGGAGAUGUGUGCACUGCAUGCUGGGAGCACAGCCCACUGUGGCAGCAGAUGCGAUUGUGGACGCAGGCUCGUCAGAUGGGCUGGUACGCCGGUCGCUGCAUGGCAGCACGUGUCCUAUCCGAAACGAUAGAGCUUGACUUCUGUUUUGAGCUCUUUUCCCACAUUACUACAUUCUUUAACUACAAGGUGGUCCUGCUUGGAAAGUUUAACGCACAGGGACUGGGGGCCGACCAUGAGCUGCUGAUACGAUGCACCAAAGGCCAGGAGUAUGUCAAGGUGGUUCUCAGAGGAGGGAGGAUGGUUGGAGCAGUGCUAAUCGGGGAAACGGACUUAGAGGAAACCUUUGAGAAUCUAAUCUUGAACCAGAUGGAUCUCACGCUGUAUGGGGAGGAGCUGCUCAACCCCAACAUUGAUAUAGAGGACUACUUUGACUGACUACUGAAGCUGCAAGACAGGACUUGCAUUUGUCAUUUUUAUUCAAUACUACAUUUUUUAGGCAUAAUAUGAGGAAUAAUUAGAAAUAUGAUCAUGAGUAGUAUCUGAAAAUCUAUUUUUCGAAGUUCAAAAACAGGCACACCACGAAUAAACAGAAUUUAUUUUAUGCAUGAAUGUAGGAUACAAUCCUCACCUCUCCAUGGAGCUUUAAAGAAACACUUUUUGUUGCCAGGAAGCUCACAUUUCAAUCCAAACAGCUCCUCCUGUGCCUCGGCAGGCCUUUCUAACAAUAGAGGUUAUUAAGAUAGCAAAGUGCUGCUAGGAUGUUUCUGUUUGAAAAAUGCAACAUACAAAAGCAAACUCAAUAUUAUAAAUCAAGUGGAGCGCCCACCUGUGUAUCUCCUGUUUUGUUCCCAUAUGUCCAACUUAGUGAUGACUCACUGAGCAUGCAAAACAAUCUACACACAUACGCUGUGACAACUGCGAAAGAGGAAAUGUAUAUGACUACAAGUCAGGAAG